AGUCAGUGCCCCAGUUUGGCCACCCAAGUCAAAACUAUCUGGCUCCGCCACUGGUCUGGAUGCAUCGAGGUGACAGAAGAAAUAACUUUAAUGAAGCAUACUCAUAAUUUAACAUUCAUAUUUCGACAUUAUAUCCGUUUUGGGUUUAAUUGAUGAAGUUUAUACUGUCCCCUGAACGUCUCCCUCGGACUGUUCCGCACGCCGCUGACGUAAACUCUCAGUGAAGGGGAAAAAAAGUGACGCUGACAUCCACACAGACACAAGCCGGAGCCGAGAAGGGGGAAAGCGUUUUGUUUCUUUUUUUUCUUUCAUUUGUGUCCCUUUUAUACUUUGGCGUUUUGUUGUUACCUAGCAGAACCCUGUCACGGAAUUGACUGCUUCGCUCCUCAGCACUUGCUCUUUAUGGUUUACGUCCACGCCGCUCUCCCCUCACGCGGCGCUAUUUUGACAGUCAGGGUCGCUGCAGUGAAACGACUCAAGCUAGCAGCAGCUUUAUAUCCACUAGCAUUGAAACAACCUGAAGGAUUCUUCUCGCUGAACCGCGACAUAAGGCCAGCUUCACGGACUCCUGACUGGAGGACAGACCAUGCUGCUGCACUGAGCCGGAGGAAGGGAGAAGAGAGAGGCCCCCGUGACGCCUGAGCCCCACCUCAAAGGCUAAGACCUGAUAUGGACUGCGCUUCGCCCCCUGCUGCAGCCCAGCCCAGUACACUACCUUAGUGGGUUCCCCUCAUCUUCCUGCGUGUGGUUCCCAUCCACACUCACUGUACAGAGUCCAGAACAGAUCUGGUACCACCUACAGCCACUCCUGGGUUCUCCACCCAACCCCCUCCCCAACUCCCACCCUCUCCCCCUCCCCUAAGAAGAUGUCAGUGAGCCUGACAACAGACAUCCAGCAGGAGGGAGAGAGUGGUCCACUCAUCGAGCCCUGCGGUCGAGGAAAGACCUCCCCUCAACCACAAGGCGUCAAGGAAGGGACAGGAGAGGGCCCGGAGGCGGAGGAGAGCUCCCCACAGGAUGCACAGAAACGGGCUCCCAAUCAUAGCCAUGGCAGGAAAAGAGCCAAGUCUAAUGCCAAACUGAAGCUGGUACGGAGUCUGGCAGUGUGUGAGGAGUCUUCUGGUCCGUUCUCCAAUGAUGGACCUCCAGAAUCGGACAUCAUACAGCUUCACAUCAGCUGUCCGUCAGACAAGGAGGAGGAGAAGUCCUCCAAAGACGAGAAUGAAAAUGAAGAGAAGGAGAAGAAGGACAAGACUCCGCGGAAGAUGUUGUCACGUGACUCCAGUCAGGAAUACACUGACUCCACGGGCAUCGAUGUUCACGAGUUUCUGGUCAACACACUGAAGAACAAUCCCAGGGAUCGAAUGAUGCUGCUCAAACUAGAACAAGAUAUCCUGGAGUUCAUUAAUGACGACAAUAAUCAGUAUAAGAAGUUUCCUCAGAUGACUUCUUAUCACCGUAUGCUGCUGCACCGUGUGGCCGCCUACUUCGGCAUGGACCACAAUGUGGAUCAGACAGGCAAGGCUGUCAUCAUCAACAAAACUGGCAACACACGCAUCCCAGAACAAAGGUUCUCUGAACACAUCAAGGAUGAACGCAACAUGGACUUCCAGAAGAAGUUCAUCCUCAAGAGAGACGAUGCCAGCAUGGAUAAAGAUGAUAAUCAGAUCCGUGUGCCACUACAGGACGGGCGACGAAGCAAGUCCAUUGAAGAGAGGGAGGAAGAGUAUCAGAGGGUACGAGACAGGAUCUUUGCACGAGAAGUGUCCUUUUUCUUACAGUCCUCUCAAAACGGAUACAUCAAUGACAACAGAGGGAACCGCGAGAGCUCCAGCCGGGCGUCUAGCAGUCGUCAAAGCAGCACAGACAGUGACAUGAAGUGCCUGGAGCCACGGCCCUGGAGCAGCACCGACUCAGACAGCUCCAACCGCACCCUCCGGCCACCCGUCACCAAGGCUAGCAGCUUCUCUGGCAUCUCCAUCCUGACCAGAGGGGAUAGCCUUGGCAGCAACAAAGGCUCACAGGGAAGCUGCAAAGGCUCUCGCUCUGCCUCUCAGUCUAGCCGUAGCCUUCUCCCCUGCCCGUCGCAACAGCCACAGCCCCAGGCUCCGCCUCAGACCGCCCUGCUGCCCACUCCACAGCAACACCCCAUGGGCAACCACAUGAUCGCACAGCCGGUGGCGUCUCUGCAGCCCUCUCAGCCCGUCUCCUACUCCAGCCCCUCCUGCCCCCAGGUUCUCCUGCCAGUUUCUCCUCCCCAGCAGUACACAAUGGGAGAAGAGCUGGCACCCCAGUUCAGCCAGAUGACGCUAAGUCGGCAGGGCUCCAGCGAGAACCCUGAGCCUCCCCCCAUGUAUCAGGCUCCUCCCACAGUGCUCUCCCAGCACCCCCCACCUCAGACGAGUUACAUCAUGGCCACCACGGGUCAGCCUAUGCCGCCUCCGUCUGGCUACCAGCCUUCCACAGGACACCCACAUCCUCCACCUCCACCGCCUCCUCCAUCCCAGCCCGUCAUGCAGGCCCCGCCACCCCCACAAGGCUACAUGCAGCCACCUCCACCACAACAGAUACAGGUGUCAUACUACCCUCCUGGUCAGUACCCCAGCUCAGGCCAGCAGUACCGUGUGCCCCAGCCCAUCUCCCACCAGGUGUCUUAUCCUGCCCAGCGCACACAACCCAUGCCUCAGCCCACACAGCAGUCAGGUCUCCAGACCAUGAUGCCCAGCCAGCAGCCAAGCUACCAGGGCAUGAUUGGUGUGCAGCAGCCCCAAAACCCCGGUCUGCUCAACUCCCAGAGGGCAGGCAUGGGAGGACAAAUGCAAAGCAUAAUGGUUCAGUACCCGCAGAUGCCAUCAUAUCAGGUACCAGUGGGAAAUGAGAAUCAGCAGGUGGUGCAGCAGCAGUACCAGCAGCAGGUGAUGGUGCCAGUCAGCCAGUCUGUCCAGGGGCCCAUGCCUGUCUACUACAGUGUUAUCACACCCACACAGCAGAAUAGCACAAGCCCCUCUGUAGGUUACCUGCAGCCCCCCAGCUCCGAACAGUAUCAGAUCACACAGUCGCCGUCCCCGUGCAACCCUCCACAGCUGCAGCAGCAAUAUUCAGGAGUUCCUCCUCCUGGGCCAGGGGUGAUGGUAAUGCAGCUUAGCGUCCCCAAUGGACCACAGCCCUCCCAGAACCCCCCUCUGGUCCAGUGGAACCCCUGCAAGUACUACAGCAUAGAGCAGAGGCCCAGCAAGCCAGGAGAGCUGUACAAACCCGACAACACUCCACAGGCCAGCACCCAGCUGACGAGUCCCCUGGCCUCCCCCACUCAGUCUCCCACCCCGUCUCCCUCCGGCAGUGUCAGCAGCGUCUGUCCAGGCCUGGGACCAUUACCCCUCAUUUCCCAGUUUCCCCGGCCAGGAGGACCCACUCAAGGUGACGGGCGCUACUCUCUGUUGGGUCAGCCUCUCCAGUACAGCCUGUGCCCUCCUCCCCUCAUGCAUGGCCAGUCCUCCUACAGCUCGCAUCAGGGCCAAGGAGUAAUGAAACACGGAGCACGAGGGAAAAAACAAACACUCAAAUCAGCAUCAACAGAUCUGGGCACCACAGAUGUUGUAGUGAGUCGGGUACUCGAGGUAACGGACCUGCCAGAGGGGAUUUCACGUCCAGAGGCUGAGAAGCUCUUCAACCAGCUGUCAAUGUGCGGUGCCAAGAUCCAGUGGCUGAAGGAGGCUCCUGGAGGCCGAGGUGGCUGCGGCCCCUGUCCUGUCGUGGGGCCUGUUGGGCCAGGAGCUGCCGUCGGGCCCGGCGCCUGCGCGGGGGCUAUGGGAGCAAAGGGUGAAGGCAACGACCCGGCUCACCUCUACACAGUAGUGGCAGUGUUCCCCAGCACCAUGGCUGCCCAGAGUGCUUCCUUCAAACUUAACAACAGCGGGGCCAGCCUCUUCAAACUGAGGGCCGCCAAAAAGAACUAUGACCUGCGUGUGCUGGAGAGAGCCAGCUCUCAGUGAAAGGAAAAGAGAGGGGGAGGAAUGAACGAAGGUCAAAGAGACAGCACGAAAGACUUUUGGUGGAGCGGUGGAAAAGGAAGGAGUACUGAGGGGGACUGCUCUUAGUGUACAAUUCAAAAUCAAAAAAAAAACUUGAGUUAAAGAUGUGUCAAAUGUAUAAAAGGGAAGAAGGUGUGAAACAUGAGGUGGCUGGUGUUUGGUUGCAAAUAUGAUUUUGUUGUUUGUUUUUAUUCAUUGUUUUUGUUUUGUAUUUAUAUAGCAGAAGAGCACACAAGACACGCAAGCAUGUGUUUCACAGUUGCCGUGGAAUGUGUGCUGCCAUUUAAAAAACACAUGCAAUGCCACACACACACACACACACACACACACACACACACACACACACACACACACACACACACCAACCAGGAAACACAAACCAACACACCAAUGCAGGCAACAGGGUCACGUAGCACAUAACAAAAACACACUGGACGGUCGACCUCAGUCAAACCUUUUCCCCCUCUUCCUUCUCUUCCUUCUCUCUUCGCUCUCCAACUAUUCCUCCUUUUCUCCUCCUUCUGCCGACGUCUCCUCUCCUCUUCAACUCUCCACCUCCCAGUCGUCUCUUAAUCUCAUAUAUUUAUAAAUUUUCAUAUGCACAGAUGCGCAAUCUCUCUGCUUACCCCAACUGCCCCCCCCCCCCCCCACCUCCUUUUUCUUGCCAUGUCUCAUCCUGCCUCCUGACUCUCUGCUCCUCCGUCCCUCUCAUCCUCUCUUCACUGCUCUCUUCUCUCCUGCUUUCUGUUUGCCUUACUGCUGUUGUGGGUUUCUGUAUUGCGCUGUUUUUUUUUUCUCAGAAGUUUUUUUUCUUUUUCGUUUUUUGGGAUUCAAUAUAUUUAUAUAAGUGAUGUAAGGAAUAAAAGAAAUCUAUAUAUUCAGUGAUUUUUCUUUCUUUCCCCUGAGUGAAAAAGUUUAGGCCUUCCUUUAUACUUAACUCCUUCCCUCUUUAUCCCCCCUCUCCUGUCCCCUGACAUUUGUUUCCUCCCAACUGCCCUCUACCUCACUUCUUUGGUCCUCUCCUCUCUCCCACAACUCCCCCCCCCCCCCCCCCCCCCCCCCCCCCCCCCCCCCACUCCACCCUGACGCCCCAUUGUGUUUGCGUUUUUUCGUUGACAGCUGUGCAGAACGUAUCAGAAGAAGUAGUAAAAGUGCACAAUGAUUGCAUAUGUCUACUGUAAAUUUUAUUUAAUCUGUUAUUUUUUGUUUGUUUUUAAAGAUAUAAAAGUCAAGAAAAAAUCUAUCAAAA